AUAGAAAAUAGCAUUUUCCUUAUAAAUUAUAUACAUAAUAAACUUAUAGAGGACUCGGGGAUCACCGAUUAGUUAGUACAUACGGGCCAUGGAUUCCGAAGCUGGAACUUCGACCCCUCGAACUCCUUCUCAGUUCUCGUGGAGGUACAUCUCCAGGAAUUUGAUAUUAGCAUACCAAAGCUUCGGUGUGGUCUACGGGGACUUGAGCACUUCACCUCUCUAUGUUUAUAAAAGCACCUUUGUUGGAAAGUUGCAAAAUCACCAGAAUGAAGAUGCAAUAUUCGGUGCAUUUUCGUUGAUUUUCUGGACCCUUACUUUGAUCCCCUUGAUCAAGUAUGUCUUCAUCCUCUUGAGUGCUGAUGACAAUGGGGAAGGUGGAACAUUUGCUCUUUACUCACUUCUUUGCAGGCAUGCAAAGUUUAAUUUACUUCCUAAUCAGCAAGCUGCUGAUGAGGAGCUUUCUGCAUACAAAUAUGGGCCCUCGUCACAAGCUGUAGCCUCCUCCCCAUUGAAGCGAUUUCUUGAGAAGCAUAAAAGGCUCAGGACAGCUCUACUUCUGGUGGUAUUAUUUGGAGCAUGCAUGGUUAUAGGUGAUGGUGUCCUUACCCCAGCAAUAUCAGUUCUAUCGUCAGUGUCUGGGCUGCAAGCUACCGAACGAAAACUAACUGAUAGUGAGAUGAUAUUGAUUGCUUGUAUCAUAUUGGUGGGCUUGUUUGCUCUUCAGCAUUGUGGCACCCACAAAGUCGCUUUUAUGUUUGCGCCUAUUGUCAUUAUCUGGUUAAUAUCAAUUUUUUCCAUUGGCUUAUACAACACAAUACAUUGGAACCCAAGGAUUUUGUCUGCAAUUUCUCCGUAUUACAUCAUUAAGUUCUUUAGAGAGACGGGAAAAGAUGGAUGGAUUUCUCUUGGAGGUAUUCUCCUUUCAAUCACAGGUACUGAAGCUAUGUUCGCUGAUCUGGGUCACUUCACUGCCUUUUCAAUCAGGAUUGCUUUUGCCCUUGUUGUGUAUCCCUCUUUGAUAGUGCAAUACAUGGGGCAAGCUGCUUUUCUCUCUAAAAACCUCUCUUCAAUUCCUCGAGGUUUCUACGACUCGAUCCCAGUUAGUAUAUUUUGGCCUGUCUUUGUGAUCGCUACGCUUGCAGCCAUUGUUGGGAGUCAGGCAGUCAUCACGGCUACUUUUUCCAUUAUCAAACAAUGCCAUGCCCUUGGUUGCUUUCCCCGAGUCAAGGUCGUCCACACCUCUAAACAUAUAUAUGGGCAGAUCUACAUUCCAGAGAUAAAUUGGAUCCUCAUGGUCCUUUGUCUUGCUAUAACCAUCGGAUUCCAAGAUACAACUUUGAUUGGAAAUGCUUAUGGCAUUGCAUGCAUGACUGUGAUGUUCGUUACAACAUGUCUUAUGGCACUUGUCAUAAUCUUCGUGUGGCGGAGAAAUGUUCUGCUGGCUGCUGCAUUCCUCCUUGUCUUUGGGUGUAUUGAGGGUGUUUAUCUCUCAGCAUCAUUCAUAAAAGUACCCCAGGGAGGAUGGGUUCCUCUUGCUCUCUCAAGCAUCUUUAUGGUUGUCAUGUUUGUUUGGUACUAUGGGACUCGCAAAAAGUACAACUUUGAUCUUCACAAUAAGGUUUCUCUGAAAUGGCUACUAGGCCUGGGCCCUAGCCUCGGUAUUGUCCGUGUGCCAGGCAUAGGGCUUAUCUACUCAGAAUUGGCAACCGGAGUUCCUGCAAUUUUCUCCCAUUUUGUCACCAACCUUCCUGCAUUUCACCAGGUCUUGGUAUUUGUCUGUGUGAAAUCAGUCCCAGUUCCUUAUGUUUCGCCAGAAGAACGCUACCUCAUUGGUAGGAUCUGUCCAAGACCCUACAGGAUGUACCGGUGCAUUGUGAGGUAUGGGUACAAGGACAUCCCGCGGGAUGAUGGAGAUUUUGAGAACCAUCUCAUCCAGAGCAUUGCAGAAUUCAUCCAGAUGGAGGCUGUGGAACCGCAAUUAUCUAGUUCUGAGAGUUCAUCAUUGGAUGGGAGGAUGGCUGUCAUAAGCACGAGAUCUCUCCAGUCGACCUUGAGUUUGGUUAUCUCUGAGCAAGAGGAGGACUAUGGUUUGAGCACCACCAUUCAAAGCAGCAAAUCAGCAACCCUUCAAAGCUUGAGAACUGCAUAUGAGGAUGAGAAUCCACAUGUCACGAGGCGUCAAGUGAGGUUCCAGUUGCCACCAAACCCAGGUAUGGAUCCUUCAGUGAGGGAAGAGUUGUUGGAUUUGAUCCAGGCAAAGGAAGCAGGUGUUGCAUACAUAAUGGGGCAUUCCUAUGUGAAGGCCCGUAGGUCAUCAUCAUUCCUGAAAAAGCUGGUGAUUGACAUAGGGUAUUCAUUCCUCCGGAAAAACUGCAGGGGCCCUGCUGUGGCUCUGAACAUUCCUCACAUUAGCCUCAUUGAAGUUGGCAUGAUUUACUAUGUGUAGCCAUUGAAGGAUACAAUGGAUCACAGGUGAGACCGUAAGGUGGAUCUCCAUUUGUUUUUGUGAACUGAGGGAGGUCUGGGUUUCAGUUGGGAAGAAAGAGUGUGAAGAUAACUCUAGAUUCACGUCUUUGGUAAAAGGUAUAUCUUUCCUCAAA